UCGAAAAAUGGAAGACAUAGUUUCAGAUAUUGACAUUUUGCCCUAUCUAAAACAACUUGAGCAAGAAAACCAAGAAGAAGAACUAGAAGAUGAAGAAAUCAGAUACCACUACAUCGAAAUCUUGGACGCCCCGCGGGACUUACCACCUCCCGUGGAACUCACCCUCAAGGACCUCACCCACCUCGCCAAAGAGCUUGGCCUCAUAAAGCUCUGCUGGCCCGAAAUCGAGAACGUCGAAUUUGAAAACAGAGUGAAUUUUCCCGAAAGCUACUUAACCAACUCCAACAAAGAAAAGCUGCUGUUGCUUUACACGGAAAACUUCCGGAAGCAGUUCAGUUACAAGUAUCCUAACAGGAAGCAAUUAUUCCUAGCCAGCAACAACGAAUGCGGAAUGCAGAAAAUGGUUUGUAACACGGUUCGGCCCACAACUCUUCCUUAUCCGGAAAUUGAAAGCUGGAAGGACUGCGCGAAAUUCGUGGGCCAAGGGGUCAGGUUUGAGCCGUUUGAUAUUCCCACUUUAAUCCCGAACCGUUUCUACUCACCUCACACCAUCUUCAUCCGCAGAGCUGGCCAGUCACACGAAAUAGCCUGUGCGCUCUGCUCCCUGCUGAUUGGGCUUGGCUACGACGCAUACGUGGUUUUCGGUUAUGCCGUAAGAGAUGUCACCUUGCGAAUAAUGAGCCGCGUCGAUUCUCCAUACCCACCGGACGAGGAAAAGGACCAAGUACGUGACGAAGGUGAAGACAAUAAGAAAUACACCGUUAGACCCCCCAGAGAUCUGCGAAGUAAAUUUUUAUUGAUGAUGGAGCAGAAGGAGAUCGAUAAGAUCAAAGCCGAAGAGGAAAGGCAAGCCGAGCUGGAGAAACAAAGGGAGGAGGAGGAGGAGAAGCCGCCGUUUGACGAGCUGGAAGGGAUGCGGUUCCAUUUUUGGGUAAUGAUACGGACGGAAGGGAGGGCGAUUGAUGAAGUUACUUUCGUGGAACCUAGUACGGGGAUGCCGCAUCCUGUGAGCAGUCCGAUGUACAGCGGGAUUGAAAGUGUGUGGAACCACUUGAAUUACUGGAUAAAUAUGCAAGACUGCAAAGAAGGUCUAGGAUCGAUCGACUACAAUUUACACGACGUUACGAAAUGGGAACACCUUUUGAUUGGUGAACCUCUUCAUUGGCGGCAAACUGUCGAAAACUUGCAAAUGGACGACGAUGAAAUCGCUUUGGCCAAAUUAAUGGAAGAAAAACAUCUGGAUAUGCCUAUGCCUUGGAGCACCAAAAUUUACAUAACUCACAGCGUUCUUAAGCAGAAGUACCCUGAAGGUGUGAUGACCACGUGGUACAAAAGAACCCUGGUGGAGGAAUAUGCACCGUAUGUACAGUACGAUGGCAUGGUAGUCAAAAUAACAAGAUUUAAAGAUUUUGAUUGUACUAUACCCACACGGGUUGAGGAUUUAUACGAAAAUAGGCAAGACAAGCUGCGAAAGAUUGUUUUUGAUUAUAAUACUCAGUACAUUACUGAGUACUUUGGACCUGGGAGAGAGGACGCCGUUAUAGAGCACAGAUACCAUUCCAAAGAACCUGAAACGAAUCCAAGAAUAAUUAUAUUCAAUUCGAACGCCCGCCAUGAUGGUUUGGAAAGAAUCGAAGUCGAACGCGAACACAUGUUAGAAAAUUACGUCGACCGUGAAGACCUAUUCUAUUUCCGAGAAGUCAAUUACGCCCGCAAAGGUUACCCACCUCCAGGAUUCACUGAAAGCCACAGAAAACUAAUAAUAAAAGUGGUGGAAAAAUUCCACAGGAAUAAAGCCAUCCCGGCUCGCGAUGACGUGGCGACUCGAGAGUUUGCAAUCGUUGAGAGACAAAUCCACCUCCAGUACCAUUUUGGCGAAGGAAAAGUGACAGCAUCCACCAGGAAUUUUAUAAAACCGGCGAUAGCCGAAAUGGGGGACGAUGUUUUAUUUUCACCUGAUGUGACGUCGGGGUACGAGGCGGAAAUAGGGGCCAGACCUCGCAGACAACUGGAGUUGUUUCUUCUUUUUCAAAAGAUGUUGCAGGAAGAAGAAGUAUCCAUAUCGCGUAUUCGAGAAAUUGAAGACCAAAUUACUGAAUUUGUGGCACUCAGGGAUCACGAAACCGCUUUUCCUAAGUUGGACGUUUCGUUGUUCAAUAUUGAACAAAAUGAAGAUUACCGAUUAGGAAUGUUGGAGAAGGAAAGAGAGCAACAAGAACACAAAGAAAAAGAAAUUGAAGAUGCCGGGGUUGAAUAUUUGGCGCCAUAUCUAAGCAAACUGGGGAAUCCAGAGAGCCUCAGUCCACGGAGUGCUGCUAAAAUUCGGGAAGAAUGUCUGAACGACUUCAAACAAAUGUUACUAAACAGAGCUGUAGACAUACAAAAACAGUUUGAAUAUUGGACACAGUUUUUAAAGGACAAACAGCAAUGGUACAGUAUCAACCAGGAUACGAUUCAAGAAGACGACGAGAUAAAAUAUUUUCAAGAUGUUAACGAACUGACAUUUCUUUUGCAGUGCUAUGAAAUUCGUUUAGGGCGUCAUCGAGAUCUCUCUUCAUUGAGAUACGAAGCCGUCGUGCGUUACUUAAAUGCCCAACUCAAGCCACUUGUGGACGCAUACCAGGAAGAAGAAUGAAAACAAUAUAUUUAAAAAAAUUAAAGCUAUGUAUAAAUGAGAUCAUGUCACAGUGUGAACUGAAACAAAUAAAAAUUC